GCUCUACUUCCGCUGCUUUUCCGGUAAGGAGAUGGCAAUGUUUUGAACGGGAGCGUUUGUUUUUAUAGUCAUUUAAUGGUUGUUCCGGAGCAAACGGUGGAUCUUCAUUUCAGAAAUGUUGUCAGUGAACUCGCUGCGCGUUGUGCGCCCUUCCCGGGCUCUGCUUCACCCAAACCGGCUGCUGGCGAACCGACUGUCUGUUACAUGUUCAGGACACUGUAUGUCCACUAACUUACACAAGAAGGACACAUGGCAGAGUGGCAUCAACUUUACAGCUGUGAGAAAGGGAAAUCGACUGUUUUACUACACUAAUUGUAUCUCUUCACUGAGAAAUUACAGUUUAAGUCAAGUUAAACGGAAUUGCUGGAAAUGUAAUCAGCUUUUUGAGAAAAAACCUGCAUUCUUCUGUAUGUCAUGUAAAGUGGUCCAACCCCCUGAAGAAGGGAUAUCCUACUUCCAGAUCAUGGAUUGUGACUACACAUUCACGCUGGACACACAAAAGCUGCAGAAAAGAUAUUUGCAGCUCCAGCGGGCGCUUCAUCCAGACAACUUCAGCCAGAAAUCUCUGACAGAACUGGAGUAUUCAGAAAGCCAGUCGGCUCUGGUGAACAAAGCAUACAAGACUCUGCUUAAGCCUUUGAGUCGUGGUCUUUAUAUGCUGGAGUUACAGGGGAUGCAUCUAGAGGAGGGAACCGAAACUGGGGCUGAUUCGGGCUUUCUGAUGGAACUGAUGGAGAUCAAUGAGGCCCUGGAUGAAGCACAGACUCCAGAAGCAGCCAGUAAGAUCGGCCAAGACACGAAAGGAAAACUAGCAGAACUGACCGAGCAGAUAGAUGCCGCCCUCCGUGAAGGAGAGCUCCAGGCUGCCAAAGCGCUGCUCGGCCAAAUGAAAUACUAUGCAAACAUCGAGGAGAAAGUGAAGGAAAAACUUUCUGGAUUCAUGUAAUUUCCUCUGCUCUGUCACUUUUUAUUUUUUAAAAAAAGAAACUUUUCUAGCAGAAUUGCACAAAUUACAUUAUUGUACAACUGUCUCGGGAGGAUGUUAUUUUAUUGUUCAAUUUGAAUAAUAAAACUCUGCUUGUAAUACA